CACAAAAAGUUGUCCAAAGAGCAAAACCCCACCUUUUUUACUAGACACCCCCCUCCCUCCCUCUCUCCCUCUCUCUCUCCACACCAUGGCUUCCCAAGCACUUCUUGUCCUAAGCUUUCUCCCCCUCGUCCACCUCCUCGUUCCCUUGGCCUCCGCGGCCUCCAUUCAAGACCUCCUCCGCGCCAACGGCCUCCCUCCGGGGCUCCUCCCCCGAUCGGUGGAGUCCUUCUCGCUCGACCCCUCCACCGGUCUUCUGGAGGUCCGGCUCGACUACCCCUGUUACGCCCGCUUCGACAGCCUCGUCUUCUUCGACCGGGUGGUGCGCGGCAACCUCAGCUACGGCAGCCUCCACGGCGUCGUCGGCGUCGCCCAGGAGGAGCUCUUCCUCUGGCUCCCCGUCCGUGAGAUCGUCGUCACCGACCCCUCCUCGGGAGUCAUCUUCUUCGACAUCGGCGUCGCCCACAAGCAGCUCUCCCUCUCCCUCUUCGAGUACCCGCCCAAAUGCCAGCCGGGUAAGCAAAGUAAGCCCGUUCCCGCCAUCGGAGAAGGAUUUCGUAGCAGACAAGAGAAAGGACUCGAGGAGGAAAGAUAAGCCAGAAAAGGAGAUGCUUCACAUUUUAUCUUGCUUUCUAUCUUCCCUUCUCCUCUUUUCUACCUUACCAUGGAAGCAUCGGUGAUGUUGUGUCAAUGCAGCUGUUUUAAUUGCUCCCUCUUGUUUCCUUUGCUUGCAGAUCCUGGUUUUAUUACCGGUAUAUGGAUACUAGAGUGGCUUUCUCUUUAUCUUUGUAGAACUUUGAGCGAGUUGGGUAAAAUAAUGAGAUGUUAUAGCAUCUAGACUUGAAUAAAUGGUGCUUGAGAUAAAUUGUAGGAUAGCUAGGGCCAGGUCAUAUCAUACAUUAUGUAGGUAUGCUGCAACUCUCUCCUCUGGUGAGAUCUGGGAUUAUGUUUCUUAGCCAGAAUUUUUGAGGAUCUUAGCAUCUUAACUACAUGAAAUGAAAAGAAUGGCCGGCUAAGGUUGAU